UAUUCAGUGGAACACAUCAUCCUACUCAACCCCCCCUUGUGUAAAUUAAUGUAUAUUGAUUUUGCUCCACUCACACUCUCCCUCUUUCCCUGUCUAUCUGGCUUUUUUCUGUUUUUACUAAACAUAACGGACUUACUAUUUUUCCCAUCGCACCUGGAUGUUGAGUGUUGAUGUCAUUUUCAGAUGCUUUUCUAUUUUUGUCCGUAUCUUUUUUUUUUUUGUGAUUUAAUUGAACCAGUUUAAAAGCAUAAUUAGUAUUUAAAUCUCCUUUCUACAGCACCCCCCCUCCUCUCCCUCGCUCUCUCUCCCCCUCAGACUCUACAUGUCUCUGUCGCUAAGGCAACCAAUGCCUUUUCCCACUCCCUCUCUGUAUCUUUCCCUAUGUAACUGUCUCUCUCAUUCCCUCUCUCUUCAACCAGAGGUAGGCAUGUUAACCGAUAUCUGUCUGAUAGAAUAUGCUGUGCGUGCUCGUGUGAGAGUGAAUCUUGCAUGCGUUUGUGUGUGUGUGUCUUAUAAUGCGCGAGAUGGACAUAGUGUGUACGUGUCCGUGUGUGAGUGAGAGACGUUCUGGUGUUUUGACAGCUGUAACAGUAUAGAUGACUCUCAAGAUUUCUAGAGUUAAAAGUAGAACUUGAUGGUCCCUGGUCUCUGUGCAUGCAUGUGAUGAAUGUUUCUGACACAGGUGUGUGCGCGUGUUUGAUGUGCAAACUGUAAAAGCAUCUGGCAUAAUUGAGUGCUAAUUUUGGACAGCCAGGAGUGCCACUGCCCAGGAGAGUGUGUGUGUGUGUGUGUGUUCCUGUCCUCUUGUCUACGAGUAUCCGUUUACAUUUUCACUAUCAGUCAGUGUCAGAACUAAAGUGAACCCUCUCCCGCUCUCUCUUUCCCCCUCUCUCUCUUUCCCCCUCUCUCUCUUUCUCCCUCUCUCUCUUUCCCCCUGUCUCUCUUUCCCCCUGUCUCUCUUUCCCCCUCUCUCUUUCCCUGUUAGCUCCCAGAGAGAGAGAGAUGAUCGGAGGAAUAGGGACUCUGUGAACAGAACGAAGCGAUGGAGAGAUGCUUCAUCUCUGCUGUCACACGACCGACUGCCCUCCGCUGCGUAUUCUUCCUCCUGGUUGCCGCGGUGACACGACCCUCGACAUGUAACCGUGACGACGGGGGCGAGGGGCAGGUGGAGGCUGCCUCCACCCAGCUGUCCGUCACGGGACAGGUCACGCCGACCCCAAUCUGGUCUGUCGACUGGGGCCCCACGUUACCACUGGAGGACGAGACGCCUCACAUCCUGUCCAGCCAGGAAACGGACCCACACCAUCGUGGCCGUCAGGUCCCCGCAACGACCGCAGAGGCCUGGCCUUAUCAGAGCGCACCAGGAAGUGCAGAGCCCCAGGAGCCCCGUGACCUGCUGGAGGCCCCGGGCACAGAGGGAGUGGUGGAUGGAGGGAGCGAGGCAGAGGAGGGAGAGCCCGAGGAAGUGGAUCCUCAGUUCUACGUCACAGUGACAAUCUCCUCUCUUCUUAUCCUGACGGCUGUUAUCAUUACAGCCAAACUCUGUUACGACCGCAGCUGUUCCCAGCAGCCACCCCCGCUCUCCCGUGGCGUGGGCCCCCCCCUUUCCCUCGCCCUCCCUCGUACCCUGGCUCAGGAGGACAGCAGGCAGACGCUGCACAGUACUCCCUCCUUCAACGACAGAGAGAGGAUCCCCGUGGUGAACUUCUAAAGCAGUAUCCGACAUGAAGCGCAUGUCUACGGGAUGCGACAGAGAAAAACGACUCAGCCAGAGGGGGUGUUCAACCAACUGUCUAUUUCUCUUUGACUGUGAAGGUGAAAAUCAGGAAACCAGUUGUCCAGCCACGGCCAAACCUCUGCUUCCCUACUUUGGAGAGGUCUAGAAAACACCGGUGUCGAUCGCAUCUUUCCUGCCACCAUACUCCCACGCCACUGUGCUUUGGUGUGAUAUCUCCUUUCUUCUGUUUUCUGUAUCACUGUAGACCGACCAAACCUUCCGCUCUGUUUUAUAUUAAUCUGUCUGUACUGCCUCGGGCUACAACAGGCGCGCUGCUCCCUCCGCUUCACCUUCCUUGACUAAUUCACAAGCAAACAGUGUUAGAUAGAACGUUCGAUUCCCGCCGGCACCGUUGCCGCUGUUGUUUGUUUUGAUUCGAUUUCACAUGAAGAACUGUGUGGGGCUGUUUGAGAUAUUUCAUGAUACUGACCAGGUAGCUACUAUGGUGAAACAGUGACAUUGAUGGUUGAAAGGAAGAACGUGCAUUAUUGUAGAAUUGUAGAAUGAAAUACGGGUGUUAAGUGGCGGUGAAGGGUUAAAACCAUCCCGUUCAGUAGGACUGAAAGGGGUAUUUCACAAAGCUGGUUGGCAGGGUUGUAGCCAAAAGCCAAUGUACUUAACGUGACACGGUUCAAAAAUUGCUGUUUACUCCCGCUUGGAAGCAUGCAAUGCAAAUAGGCACACUGCCGUUUUCACGUCCGCAAUUUGUUUGAGGGUGUUUUUUUUUUCGUUCCCUUAAUUAUUCUCUUGAUUUGUCGCAUUUUUUCCGCCUGUCUUUGUUGUGCCUUUAGUGAGCGUGUUAUUUUCUCUCGGGAGCAUGAGCACCUUCUGUAUAUAAUACUGUUGUAUAGGGUUGAACACAUUCCAGAAUAAUCCUAUGUUUUCUGUAUAUUAAGUGACAUUAACGGACAUUUUAUAAGUGGGAUUUCUGGAAUUUUGGGAAAAGCUACAAUAUCUUCUCAACCUUCGUUGUAUUAUGAAGAGUGGUCCAAACAGCUGUGCAAUAAGUCUGAAUAUAUUUGAAAUGAAUUCAAAUGAUACAUCUGGUGUGAUCAGUAUUUGUGCCAGAUAAAUAUAAUGGGUAUAAAUGACACAGUCCAGAAUUAGUCAUUUUGCCAACAUCUGGUGUUUCUAUUGAAAUUCUGCUUCGACUUCAAUCAUAGACUAUCUACCCUAUAUUAGACUAGUGUACCCUAGAAUAUUAGAGUCCCCAUUUGACUCUGUCCACCAGCUUUGAGAAAUUAACUACUAGACCUUUACUACACUAGUGUUAUGACAUCAUAUGUGACUUGUUCUGCAGUCCAGUGUUCCGUGGUUCUCAGUAUCAUUCCUCUAGAUGUGUAGUUCCACUGUACCGUGGGAAAACCAAUAAAUAAAUUCAACACUGGUGUUUUA